AACACCGUUGAUUUGGCUUAAGAUAUGUCUAUUUAUAACGUCUGAACUGAAAAUUCCGAACUUUUGCGAAUAUUUACGAUGUAGUAGCCGACUAAUCAUAUUCGCAUAUUGUACUUUUCCGAUAUUGUCCAUCAUCGGGAAAGUCCGGUUUCUCAUUCGUAAAUUUUCGUCGUGACGUCAGAGUCGUUACUCGUCUCCGCCAUAUUGUUUAUUUACAUUGAAAAGAACGACACGGAUGUUAGUUUAAGUGUGGAAUAUUAAUUAGUGUAAACAAUGGGACGGUCUCGGUGUUGUGUUGGGGGAUGUAGCAAUGUGCCAGGAAAUGGAAUUAGUCUGCACACAUUUCCCAAAGAAGAGAAACUCCGGAAACAAUGGAUUCGUUCAAUUCAGAUGACUGGGUCUGAGUGUUCAAGGGCCGGAUGGCAAGGUCCCUCGAAAAACGGUUCCGCAAAUGCACAGCUUGUGUGUUCUGAGCAUUUUGAGUUGACAAUGUUCACGAUGACUACCAGAACUAAAUGGAGUCUCGGUCUAGCCUAUAGAACUGCUUUAAUAGACGAAGCUAUCCCCACAUUAUUUGGCGACAAAGUUAGGAAAAGCAACCUUGACCAAGUCCAAGCAAGACCGGUAGUGCGCAAACGAGAAGUGAGGAGGAUACUGAGUGACUACAACCAGAAAGGCCAAGUUGAUAAAUCAACUGCUGUAACGUAUACAGAUGCUGUUCCAGAUUUAUCUCCUGUUAAUCUAGGUGACAUGACCGCCAACCCUCCAUCCACUGAGUUUCCAGUUGACGCAGUUGAAUUAGACAUGGACAUGGAGUUGGACAACAGUAAAAGAACUGUCAUGCAGAGCGCUGAAAUACCACCUCCCGUUGACCAGUCUUCAACAGUAGCCUCAGCCCUUAACCUUCAACAAGACCUAGAAACUCACAGUACUGAUGCUAAGAUCCAGUCAAAGAAAUCUUGUGAUGAUUCCCUGAAAAGGAACAUGGGUAAACUCAAACAUACAGAGAUGAGAUCAAUGAAUACCAGCAAUAAGAAGGCCUCAUGUGCAUGUCCAAAGUGUUGUGUAACAACUGCUGUCCGGGGUACCCAAGUGAAUCGCAGGCCACCGCCAAUUAAGCGAAAAACUAAAGGGACAGAGACUGUGAUGGAACACCACAUCACAUACUCCACCUCAAGUACCCAGUACUGUGACAGUGACAUUGCUGAUGAAAAGAGCCUGACACCUGCCUGUUCUGAGGUCCCUCCUGCUCCACACCUUCUGGCUUUUCCAUUACCAGCCCCAGUCCUCGCCUCAACUCCUGCACGGAAGAAGGGCAGGGUUGUUGUUGAAUCAACACUCAACAAAUCCUUCAUGUCCACAUCAUCCUGGGGAUAUACUGAUGAUGAAGCCAUAGAUCCGGACUAUGAAACAGAAGCCUCAGUGUACAGUGACUCAGAAGAUGAUAACCCAAGGCAGUAAGUUAUGCCUUCAUAAAUAAACCUGUUAAGUCUUUGUCAUAUAUAACUUCAGUAUUAAAGCGCAUCUUUAUCAUUAUG